GAAUUUAUAUAUUUUGUCCAUUUUUUUUUUUAUAUCAUACAUAUCCUACUACCGGGUGGGGUCCAUGAGAAAGCAGAACCCGAGAAAGUUGCCAAAAAUGCUCAGCUCCAAAUGACGUUCUCUUGAUUCCUCUUUUGGUAUUCUCCUUCAAAUACCGCCAUUGUUGGCUGAGACAAGGAAGAAGAUGGUGGUGAAGAUAAGACUGAACCCUUGUUUUUUCGCCGAACUCCUUUUUAAAUCCGUUUUGGCAGUUUUUAAAUCUCUGAAUCAAAAGAAGAAGAAAGAAUCCAGAGAUUUUGUCUCCUCUGAUCUCUCUGUUUUGCUCCGAUCUUUGCUCCGAUGACUUCGACAUGUUUGGUACUUCCUUUGUUCAUCCCCAGAUGAUUCCGAUUUCUUAGAAUUUUAGAGCUUCAAAGUCCAAACCUUUUCUUGGUUUCUUCCCUUCAACUCAUUUCACCGAAGUCUUCUUCACCAUUCGAGAGAGAGAGAGAGAGAGAGAGAAAAGAAACCUUCUUGCCAAGCCUUCGUUCAUAGUUCUGAGAUUUUCUCACCGAUCAGAGCAAAAAGUUUCCGGCUUUUCCGCAUUUUCCCAUCUGGGUAUAUCUUGUUUUCCUCAUCAGAGUUCAUUCAGAAUUCUGAGAUUCUCUCACUGAUCGGAAAAAGCAAAAAAAAAAAUCGAACUUUCUGUGUUUUUUCAUCUGGGUACUUGUCUUUCCCACUUCGCCAUCGUCAAAACCCAUUCAAGACCCAUUUCCUGAAUCUUGCACAGAGACAUGAGUGGGCGUAUCGGCGUACCUGCACGUGCGUACAUAUGCAUACUGCUGAUCCUUGGAGUUCUCUUCCAAGAUGAAUCCCAGAUGACGUUCAGAGGGAAAGUUAGAGGAAUGGCGCAAGAAGAUGACUCCGACAAGAACAGUUGCAGUUCUCCUAAUGGUGAAAAUGGCGAUGGCAGUAAGGUGAGUAAAGGGAAGUCGAUUUCUACCAGACGAACCCCGAGAAAAGCUCGCCCGAGAGGUUCAGAUGCUCUUCACCUCGAGAAGGAAGAAUCAGUUCACCAUUUUUCUCCAUCGCCAUCCCAGUCUCGAUCUUUGGACCCUGUUCUUCCUGUAAAUCCCAACUCUGAUCUUGCUAAGCCCACAGACUGGCCUUUGAAUUGCGCUUCCACUGAUAUGCCGGGCAUAAAAGGAAUCGAAGAACUCGCAAAUUCUCUGAGAUGGGUACAUCCUCCUCCUCAAGCUCAAGGAAACGUUAACUGUCCAAGACCAUGGAACUACAACUGGGAUCUGUUUUGCCAACAUCGUUUCCCAAUGAAUUCCACUUGUUCUGCGCCUGGAUUGUAUUACCGACAUCCUCAUCCAAUGGAGAGUUUCCCAUCGGCGAAUUGUUCAUCAUCGCCAUCGUCAACAUCAUCUCUGAUGGGAUUCAUGGAGCCCCCUUCAAACCAAAUCAAGCGGUGGCAGCCGAGAUAUCAGGGAAAUGGCAAGAAGAGGCCGUAUCCACUCUCCACAGACUCAGCAAUAUCAGAUUACAAAGAGGCGACACAGAUGCAGAGAGUCAUAAACAAGGAGAACAAGGGGUCUUUCCUCUCGCUAGCACCUCCGGGAACAGCAUCGGCAAACUUGAGGUUCAGGCCCUACAAUGUCGAGACAGUUGAUUUCGGCUCAUUGCCUUACCAGGAUGCAGCAGAUAGAGAUGUAAGAGACCAAAUCUUCAUACAUGAAGCAUUCAGACGGACCCGGCGGCAGCCUGUACGCAUUUACCGCGGCUUCUCUCCACCAGCGCUAGAGACAAACGAGCAAGCAACAACGAGCCAGAGCAAUGGCGGUUCUAAUGGAGGUGGAGGAGGAGAAGGAGAAGAAGGUUUGGAUCUCGAGCUGAGGCUGAGACCGGCUAAACCAAACAAGCAAGUUUAAAACCUGACAGACAGGAUCGAUGCUGCCAGUUUUGUUUCAUAGUCACCAGCUGUAGUUUUCUUUUCAUGAGAAUGUACACUCGGAAGGAAUAACAGACAGGAAAGAGCAUCCUCGUAUACCGAAAAAAGCAGGAAACAUGCACAAAGAUGUAUUACUCAAACAUGGGUUCAUCGCAUUUUCACAAGAAAAUCCUCGGUUUUUUCGAUAGUUUUACAGUCUGACAUAAAAGAAAGAGAG